GAAUGCGGUCGGAUAUUCGCCUUGAGAGGCACAACCCGGGGUUAAUCCUCGGAUACGGUCGGAUAUUCGUCCUGUUUGAGAGGCACAAUCCAGAGCUGGUCCUCGUGCUGCUGGGAUACAAUCCGCUCUCCAAGGCCCAAGCCCGAGGCCUUCUGAACACCUUCUCUCAGGCACUCGCUACAGUCACAGGGGUUACAAUCACGCCCCACUCCUCCUCUAAGGCUCUGAGCGGGCUGGGAAAUGGAUGGGAGGGGCGGGUGACGGAGGAGGGGCGGGUGAUGCUUGGGGAGGCGCUUGCUGGGCUGACGAGUGGGGUUCGAGGCGUGGUGGGUUCGUCGAUGGCGUGUGAGCGUGUGGGAGGGGCGGGUGAUGCUGGGGGAGGCGCUUGCUGGGCUGACGAGUGGAGUUCGAGGCGUGGUGGGGUCGUCCGUGGUGGUGUGAAGAGGUAUCCUGACGGGCCCCAGGCGUAUCUCGUGAAUCCCGAUGGGGACUGCCCAAUCCCCUUGGAUGAUGACGAUGAGGAGGAGGAGGAGACGGAGGAGGAGAGGAAGGAGAGGAGGAAGAAGGAGCGGGCGAGGCGGAAGGAGGCGAGGGAGUGGAGGGAGAAGAUGACUGCAGAGAGUGAGAAAGGGGAGGGAGGAGAGGGGGAGAGUGGGGGCGAUAAGGAGGAAGGGGAGAAGGGGAGGAGAGAAGAGGAAGGGGGUAAGGCAAAGGAGGAGGGUGUAUCUGGGACAGCUGUACCUGAUGCGGCAGGCAAGCUAGUUGCUGCAGAGAUUGCGGCUGCUGCAGUUGCAGUGGCAGCAGGAGCGGGAGGAGCAGCAGGAGCAGGAGGGAUAGCAGGAGGAGCAGGAGGAUAUACUGGGGUGCCAUUUACAGGUGUAGCAGGGGAAGCAGCACCUGCGGCUGAUGCGGGUGUGAGCACUGGUGUCACUGACAAGGGCGGUGUGGGUGGUAGGGGUGGUGGCACUGAGCUGCUGCUUCGGCAGCCGGAGCUCAUAGUGAGGGGGCAGGAUCGGGGGCAGGAUCGGCUGAUGCCAAUGCGCAUGGGCAUGGGCAUGGGCAUGCGGGUGGGCAUGGGCAUGCGGGUGGGCAUGGGCAUGGGCAUGCGGGUGGGCAUGGGCAUGGGCAUGCGGGUGGGCAUGGGCAUGCGGGUGGGCAUGGGCAUGCGGGUGGGGGUGGCGGGCAGGCAGAAGGGCAUGCGGGUGGGGGGCAUGGUGGGCAGGUGCAUGGAGCAGGGGGGGAGCAUGGGCAUGCCAUGCAUGUAUCGCCAGGGCAUGCCAUGCAUGGAUCAGCAGCGCAUGGGAACCAUAGAGCCUCCAUCUCCCGCUCAUUCCUCCAGUUCCCAUCACAGCCAGUCGCUCUCCAACACGUCUCCUCAUCACCACCAGCAGCAGCAGCAGCAGCAGCAGCAGCAGCAGCAGCAACUCCAGCAGCAGCAACAGCAGCAGCAGGAGGUGCAGAAGCAGCAGCGCAAACAGCAGCCCAAGGAGGAGAAGAAGAAGGGCCGACAAAGCAAUGUCGGAAGCAGCCUUGUCUUUGCGGCAGCAGCCGCAGCCCGCCAGAAAGCCGAAGCAGCAGCAGCAGGGGCGUCAGGGCGGCAUCUAGGCAUGCCGCACGUGGGCAGCACGGGCGGAGCAGGGACCCCGCAUAGCUACCGCAGCGGCCCUGCGAGUGGGAUGAACAGCGGGUUUGGCAGCGGGGCUGGCAGCAGCGGCAGCAGCACCCCUGUGAGUAGCCGAGGGGCGGAGGAGGAGCAGGAGGAUACCGAGGGAGAGAGCAUCGAUGGGGAGAGUGUGGAAGGGGAGAGUAUCGAGGGGGACCGAGGGGACCGUGGCGAUGGAAGCACCAGUGGUAGUGGCAGUGGUGGAGGGAAGAAGGGGAAGAAGAAGGGGACGAAGAAAGCCGGCCUGCGGGGCUGGCUGACCAAAAAGCUGCAUGCUUCCUCGUCCCUGCCGCCCACCAGCCCGGAGCGGGGGGCGUUGCCCGCCGCCCGGUCAUCUCCCGGCCGCCCGAGCGAGAGCCCGAGCUGCCUGCGUGACAGCCCCGGCCGCCCACUCGAGAGCCCCAGCCGCCCGUUUGAGAGUCUGGGCGGCUCGCCCAGUCACGGUGGGGUUAGCUUGUCGCAUAACCGAGGGGGUUCCUGGGAGGCUGGCCUUGGAGGUUCUGGGGGGCCUGGGGGCAGUGGUCGUGGCGGUGAGGGGGUUGGUGAAGGUUGA